AUGCCGAAGAGCCGGGGCGGCCGCGCCGCGCCGGGGCUGCCGCCGCCGCCGCCGGGCCUGGCCCCGCGCUGGAGCCUCUGGCGGGCCCCGGAGCGGCUGCUGCUGCUGCUGCCCGCGCUCUGCUGCCUCCCGGGCGCCGCGCGGGCGGCGGCGGCGGCGGCGGCGGCGGGGGCCGGGGACCGGGCGGCGCGGGCGGCUGAGGCGGAGGCGCCCUUCGCCGGGCAGAACUGGUUAAAGUCAUACGGCUAUCUGCUGCCCUAUGACUCACGGGCAUCCGCGUUGCACUCAGGGAAGGCCUUACAGUCAGCAGUCGCCACUAUGCAGCAGUUUUACGGGAUCCCAGUCACCGGUGUGUUGGAUCAGACAACAAUCGAGUGGAUGAAGAAACCCCGAUGUGGUGUCCCUGAUCACCCGCACUUGAGCCGAAGGCGGAGAAACAAGCGCUAUGCCCUGACGGGACAGAAGUGGCGGCAGAAGCACAUCACCUACAGCAUUCACAACUACACCCCAAAGGUGGGUGAGUUAGACACGCGGAAAGCUAUUCGCCAGGCUUUCGAUGUGUGGCAGAAGGUGACCCCGCUGACCUUUGAAGAGGUGCCCUACCAUGAAAUCAAAAGUGACCGGAAGGAGGCCGACAUCAUGAUCUUCUUUGCUUCUGGCUUCCAUGGCGACAGCUCCCCGUUUGAUGGUGAAGGGGGAUUCCUGGCUCAUGCCUACUUCCCUGGCCCAGGGAUUGGUGGAGACACUCACUUUGAUUCAGACGAGCCAUGGACAUUAGGAAAUGCCAACCAUGAUGGGAAUGACCUCUUCCUGGUGGCUGUGCAUGAGCUGGGCCACGCGCUGGGACUGGAGCACUCCAACGACCCCAGCGCCAUCAUGGCACCCUUCUACCAGUACAUGGAGACACACAACUUCAAGCUGCCUCAGGAUGAUCUCCAGGGCAUCCAGAAGAUCUACGGACCCCCCGCGGAGCCCCUGGAGCCCACAAGGCCCCUCCCCACACUCCCCGUCCGCAGGAUCCACUCACCGUCUGAGAGGAAGCAUGAGCGCCAGCCCAGGCCCCCUCGGCCGCCCCUCGGGGACCGGCCAGCCACACCAGGCGCCAAACCCAACAUCUGUGACGGCAACUUCAACACGGUGGCCCUCUUCCGGGGCGAGAUGUUUGUGUUUAAGGAUCGCUGGUUCUGGCGCCUGCGCAAUAACCGGGUACAGGAGGGCUACCCCAUGCAGAUCGAGCAGUUCUGGAAAGGCCUGCCCGCCCGCAUAGACGCAGCCUAUGAAAGGGCUGAUGGAAGAUUUGUCUUCUUCAAAGGUGACAAGUACUGGGUGUUUAAGGAGGUGACGGUGGAGCCUGGGUACCCCCACAGCCUGGGGGAGCUGGGCAGCUGUCUGCCCCGAGAAGGCAUUGACACAGCUCUGCGCUGGGAACCUGUGGGCAAGACCUACUUUUUCAAAGGCGAGCGGUACUGGCGCUACAGUGAGGAGCGGCGGGCCACGGACCCUGGCUAUCCCAAGCCCAUCACCGUGUGGAAGGGCAUCCCCCAGGCUCCCCAAGGGGCCUUCAUCAGCAAGGAAGGAUAUUACACCUACUUCUACAAGGGCCGGGACUACUGGAAAUUCGACAACCAGAAACUAAGCGUGGAGCCCGGCUACCCACGCAACAUCCUGCGUGACUGGAUGGGCUGCAACCAGAAGGAGGUGGAGAGGCGCAAGGAGCGGCGGCUGCCCCAGGACGAUGUGGACAUCAUGGUGACCAUCAACGACGUGCCAGGCUCUGUGAAUGCAGUGGCCGUGGUCAUCCCCUGCAUCCUGUCCCUCUGCAUCCUGGUGCUGGUCUACACCAUCUUCCAGUUCAAGAACAAGGCAGGCCCUCAGCCUGUCACCUACUAUAAGCGGCCAGUCCAGGAGUGGGUGUGA